CACUCAUCGCCCAGCCAUAUAAUAAUCCGAAUAGCCACAUAUAGUCUCACAGCCAACCAAACUCUUUUCCAUUUCAAAUCUAUCCACAUACCCUAAAAAUGUCCUCCUCCAGCCAGUCGAAUGUUGGCCGCGGCGCCUUCUACGAGGCCGGCGACCAGCGCACCGCUCCUCAGUCUGAGAUCAACCAGCACGAGAGAUAUGAGGCCGGCGAGAAGGCCAGCCACAAGAACAUUGACUCCAAGGACCAACGUACUAUCGCAAACAGACUCGCUGCUCAGAGUAAAGAGGACGACCCAUCCUCGCAUCAUAACAGAGACAUUCAGCCCGAGGCUGAGCUCAGCAAGAAGGACCCAUUGAAACCGGCUAAACUUCAUGGAAACGAGCCAUCUAAGGGCGCUAAGAUUGAUAAGCAGCUGCAGGAGGAUGAUGAGCAGCGGCUACGCGAGAAGGGAAUCAAAUAAUAAUUUCUUCUGUUAUGCCA